UACAAAUUAUUCAAUUGCCACCAACAACAAACAUCGAAGACACAAAAGUGCAGCAAAAAACCUACGGCAGAGGCUCAAACAUUUGAAAUUAGUAUAUAAACACCGGCUGACAGCUUACCGAACAACAUAAACUCAUCGAGUGUGCAUCUUAAUACUUACAGUUCUUUACUUGCAAACAAAUAAUCACAAUGUUUAAGUUGUUCGUUUUGUUUUCCUUCUUCGCAAUGGCUUUCGCCCGUCCCGGAUUUCUGCACUCGGCACCACUCCUAACCACUUACCAGGAGGAGCCACGCUUGGCCGCACUGCCUGCUUCAGUACAUAUCGUCGAACCAUUGAUCACCACGCAACAAAUUGUUACACCUUUGCUUCAUGGCGCCAUACUUAAUCGUGGCCUACACUGAGUACAGAGCAGGAACUGAAAGACCAGCAGCCGCAAGCAAUACAAUAUUUGAGAUGAAUUUCAAUUUUCUGAUUAAUAAAGCGCUGCCCUGAAAAAUGAAA